ACCGCCUGCUCAUUUUCCCACCCAUUUUCUUUUCUCUCUGCCGCACCGCCUGCUCAUUUUCCCACCCAUUUUCUUUUCUCUCUGCUUUCCCGGAAUCCAAACACUAAUUAAUUACUACUACCACUACUCCUCCACUUCUCUCUCCUAUAUAUUUUUCAUCAUUGCGUUUCCUUCUUUGUAGUGUGUUUUUGAUUCUCUGUUCGUUCCAAAAUGAGCGGGAGCGACGACGAGUUAUGUCUCAGUUUGAGUUUAGGGUUUGGAGUUACGACUCAGCCGAGUUUCAUCCACAGGCCUUCCAACUCCAUGAUUAAUCACCUCCGUAGGAGCUCUUGGAAAGAUGCGUUUCAAGUUUCUGAUCGAAACGUCGAUUCGAGGUCGUUUCUUAGGGGAAUCGAUGUGAAUAGGCUGAGGACGGCGGUGGAUGGCGAGGAAGAGAACGGCGUUUCAUCUCCGAACAGUACGGUUUCUAGUAUCAGCGGAAAGAGGAGCGAGAGAGAAGCCGUUGGAGAUGAGGCGGAGGCCGAGAGAACCUCGUGCUCGCGAGGGAGCGACGAUGAAGACGGCGGCGAUGGUGACGGCGACGCCUCGAGAAAGAAGCUCAGGUUAUCGAAGGAACAGUCGUUGGUUCUUGAGGAGACGUUCAAAGAGCACAACACGCUCAAUCCAAAGCAAAAGCUGGCUCUUGCAAAACGGCUGAGUCUGAGACCAAGACAAGUGGAGGUGUGGUUUCAAAACAGAAGGGCAAGGACCAAGUUGAAGCAAACAGAAGUGGAUUGUGAGUACUUGAGGAGGUGCUGUGAGAAUCUAACAGAGGAAAACAGAAGGCUACAGAAGGAGGUGCAAGAGUUGAGGGCACUCAAGCUUUCUCCGCAGCUCUAUAUGCACAUGAACCCUCCUACCACUCUCACUAUGUGCCCGCAGUGUGAGCGUGUGGCGGUUUCCUCGUUCUCGUCGACGUCAGCUGCUUCGACUCGCCAUCCAGUAGCAGCUGGAAUGCAGCAGCGACCCUCGAUGCCCAUUGCCCCGCAGGCGGUGUUGCCGAUCCAACGUUGAUGGUUUCUUGUGGGGGGUUUGGAGAAUAUUGGGUAGUUCUGUCCUUAACAAAACGUAGUUAGAUUAUGCAGAGUGGGGGAGAGGAAUGGACAAUGAAAUGAUAGAUUUGGAUGGUCAAUUGAAGAUUGAAUGGAGAACCUUUUCUUCUUCUUCACAAAACAAUACAAAUUUUUAAAAC